AUGCUCGCUCAACUCUUCGCCCUUCUCCCCCUCCUCGCCCUCACCUCGGCCAGCCCCGUUGUCAAGCGCGAGUCGAGCCGCCUCAUCGAGUCUGGGCGCAACAACGGUCAGUGCUUGUCGAUCGUCGGUGGUCGUGCCGCCGUCGCCGCUGGUCAAGUCACCGACGGUACACCGGUCGUCACCCUCGACUGCGGUGUCGCUUCCUACUGGGACAUCUCCAGGGGCAGCGGCUCGGUCAUCGUCAGCGGUACCAACUACGCCUUUGACAUUGGGCUCUCCCCCACCAAUAACGGUCCCGUCAAGGUCUGGACCUCAUACCCCACCGCUCCCCAGCAGACCUGGUUCCUCACCGGCGACAACCGUAUCGCUCAGACCGGCGGCAACCAGUGCCUCGACCAGGGAGACAACGGACCCCAGACCUACCAGUGCACCACCGGUAACACCAAUCAGGUCUGGAACGUGAGGUUCAAUGACCCUACCCCCUCGGCGUCGGUCUCCUCCGCUGCCCCAUCCCCGUCUGCCUCCACCACGCCUCCCCCUGCAUCCGGCGACAUCCUCCCCUUGACUCCCAAGGGCGACUUUGUUCCCGACGUCGCCGGCGCUGGGUCCCGCAUCCGCCCCCUCGGCCGCUCCGACCUCUGCACCUCUGUCGACGGUGAGGUCGCCCAGGGCGCUGUCGUUACCUUGAAGUACUGCUCCAAGGACGGCCCGGGCGCCGCUGCCCAGAGCUGGGACCUUCCCUCCGUCACCGGCAACGGCCAGGUCCGCCUCCACAACACCACCCUCUGCAUCGACGCUGGAGGUAUCCCGUCCAACGGCAACGGCGCCAAGAUCUGGGGCUGCGCCGACGUCCCGCAGCAGAAGUUCACCUACUCCAGCGGUAACAUCAAGACCUCCUUCAACAACCAAUGCUUGGACAUCCAGAAGGAGUCGGACGGUCUCGUCACUGUCAAGCCUUUUUCCAACGUCGCGAGGGUCAUCACCUGGCAGUGCUCGACCAACGGAGACCCGUACCAGGCCUUCACCACCGCCGCUUAA